AUGCCACCAGCCUCUAAAACAACGGCCAGGCUGUUGUCGAUCGCCCAUCACAAUGGCAUCACGAUACCCAAAGAAGUCGUAAAUGUUCUUGAGCGCGCUGCGAGCGACGCAGAAGCGAUACAGUGGCUAAAUGCUAACGUGGACUCCGCAUCCCUAUUGAGCGACGAGGAUCUCGACUUAUGGAAGCAUGUAUCACAAAGCGGCACAAAGCUGGCAGAGGCGGACGCGCGACAGGUACUCGAUGAACCCGGGCUGGAACGCGCCAUUGCUGGACUGGAGGCAGCUACCAAGCAGAUCACCGCACAGACUCGCGCUUUGAGUACGCAGAGAAGUCUGCUGGGGCAUCGCAAUCAAGAAAAUCACGGACAACAGCGCCAUGGCCCGGCGCAUCGAGUGCAACACGUCGCAUCUGAAGCUCAACAAGCUCGGUUGAUCAAUGAAGCGAAGACUUCUGAUCUGAAUGAGGAAAUUCGGACCAAGAUCUCAGCGCUCGAGAAAGAGAGGCAAGCCAAACCAACAGCUGCUCAGGAACGCCUGAAAGCCGAUGAUCGCACCUUCGAAGCACAAGAGCAAAGUGCCCUCGAACCAACGAGCAAAAUUGACGUCUCAGCCCUUCACGAACGCUCCCACCAGUUGGCCCAGGCACUUCAGAUGAAACGCGUCGCCGCGCUCAAAUAUAGUCUGGAUCGAACAUACCUCUCCACCCUCGAAGGUGAGCAGUCCGGAGAGUCACUGCAUCCUGAACCCGGCCCCGCCAUACUCGACUUGAAGCAGGAUAUUGAGUCUCUCUACGCAGAGAUCGACGAUGUAGUCGCCAUGAUGAUUGGCAGCGAACACAUGAAUGAGAUACGGUCGGCAUUGGGCAGGGUCAACACUGAACAGCAGCAGAAUGCUCAGAAAACUUUGCAAACUGCAAAAGCGAAAAUCAAUCAGAUGGCCAAUGGUCUGAACAAUCUCGCCUCGGAGAUCGAGAUAGCACAGGCCCAACGAUCAGCACUAUUGGUCAUGUCUGACCAUGUUGCAACUCUGGAUGCAUCAGACCAUCGUCUGCCGGCUUCGACCGCAGCAACGCCGGCCCCUGCACCUCAAGCAGUUGUUGAAAUGAUUGAGCAUGUGGCGGAGCCCGCUCCUGACAUACAAUUUUCCGCCAGCCGUGAGAGGUCAGCAGCUUUGCAUCUGGUGAAUGUGAAGGAAGUGGUCGAGAAGGCCGCACGCCACCGGUUUGAGGCGCUGCAACUCCUGAAGGCCGUCGAAGGGGUUACCGACACCAGUCAACUCGACGAACUAGACCGAAGAAUAGCUAGAGCGAGCAAACAACUGGACAGGAUUGUGGGAAAGCGCUAA